AUGUGUGGUGAAAAAUGGCAAAAAAUAUUUGAUGCUAUUCGAGAUUUAAGUAAUCAGGAUAUAAUUGAUAAAAUAAAAGCAGUUUUAGAGGCAGAGUAUCCAAAUAUAUAUAGAGAGUGGGAAAAAAGUGAUUUUGAUAUCAAUCAUUUAUUUACAUUUCUAUAUGGAUAUACACAUGAUAAAUGCACAUUAUUGCAUAUUUCUGCUUAUUUUGGUCUAGAAAACGUAAUUAAUAUUCAAUUAGCAGCAAAAGAUGUGGAUGUUAAUGCUAAAUCUCAAGGUGGUAAUACAGCGUUACAUUUGGCUGCUAAAAAUGGCUAUAUAAAAAUAGUAAAGACUCUAUUAGACAAAGGGGCAAAGGUUGACAUUGUGGAUCACAAUAAACACACCCCUUUACACUGGGCUGCUGAAAGUGGUAACUCAGAUGUAGCAAGGAUUCUAUUAGAAAACGGUGCAGGCGUUAAUGCUAAAAAUCACGAUUGCGAAACUCCUUUACAUUGGGCUGCUGACAAUGAUCAUACAGAGGUAGUAAAGGUUCUAUUAGAACACGGUGCAAGAGUUGAUAUUAUGGAUAAAGACGGAGAAACUCCUUUACAUUGGGCUAUUGAAAUAGGUCAUAUAAAUGUGGUUACGGCUCUAUUAGAAAAAGGAAAUAUUAAUGUUGACAUAAGAGAUGAGCUUGAAAAAACUUCUCUACACUGGAGUGUUCUGUAUGAUCAGAUAGAUAUCAUAAAAGUUCUAUUAGCAAAAGGGGCAAAUGUUAAUGCUACAGAUAUAGAUAGGGAGACGCCUUUACAUCAUGCUGCCUUUUAUGAUAAUACAGAUAUAAUAAAGAUUCUAUUGGCAGCAGGCGGAGAUUCUACAUUACAGGAUAUCGAAGGUGAGACUCCUAUAAACUUAGCUGAAAGUGAUGAGAUAAAAGAUUUUUUCAAGAAUGCAGAAGAUGAGCUGCAUAAUAUGAAAAACAAGAAAAUUGGCGAUACUUAUGUCUCGUUCUAUGAACUUCUGCAGGCAGAUAAGUCUCUUUUACAAAACUAUGCGCGUAAUACUAAUUUAUGUAUAGAGUUGAGAAAAGGUCAAUAUAAAAAAGAUUACCUUAUAUAUGCUUCAAUGAUAGGUGAUCAAUAUAAGAUCAUAGAAAAAAGAAGAUGUCUAGAGGAAAGUGCUAGAAUAGCAAUUGGAUGUUUUGGUACACAGGUAGAAAAAGGAAAUGGAAAAUUGGUCUAUACAGUAAUAAGUGAAGAAAUGUGUAGAUCGAUCACUAGUUAUCUUACAGAUGUUGAUGUCUUAGAUUUAGUUCGACAGUCAGUUGUAAGAGAUAAAAAGACUCGUGAUUACGUUUAUAAAUAAGUUAAGUAAGCUUUUGUACCUAGAAGAAAUAAUGUGAUUUUUCAAAAGUAAUAUAAAUUAACUAUAUUUUUAGGAGCGAAGUUAUGGAAAGUGAGGAAUGGCAAAAAAUAUUAGGUAAAAUCAAUUCUGCUGAUGAUUUAAAUUCCAAUACUGUAAUUGAUAAAAUAAAAGAAAUUUUAAAGGUAGAACAUCCAGAUGUAUAUGAAAGAUGGGGAGAAGGUGCAUAUGAAGGAUGGGGAGAAGUAGGACUUGAGUUUGAUAUUGAUUACUUAUUUCAAUAUGAAGAAUUUAGAAGGCCAAUAUACAUGUUCACACUAUUACAUGCUUCAGUUAGUUAUAAACUAAUAAGCACAUUAAAAGCUCUCUUAGCAGCAGGUGCAAAUGUUAAUGCUGUAGACAUAGAUGAAAAUACCCCUUUACAUCUAGCAGCUUUAUUUGGUCAUAUAGAUAUAGUAAAUCUUCUAUUACAAGAAGGUGCAGCAGUUCAUGCUAGAGAUAGACACAAUAAAACUCCUUUACAUUGGGCUGCUCAAAAUGGCUAUAUAGAGAUAAUAGAGAUUCUAUUAGAAAACGGUGCAAAUAUUAAUGCUGUAACUAAAGAUAAAGAAACUCCUUUACACUAUGCUGCUCUUUCAGAUUAUGCAGAUAUCGUAAAUCUUCUAUUAGAAAACGGUGCAGAAGUUAAUGCUAUAGAUAAACGUAAUAAAACUGCUUUACAUUGGUCUGCUGGAAACGAGCAUAUAGACGUAGUAAGGACUCUAUUAAAACACAAAGCAAUUCCUAGCCUGAGGGAUAGUUAUGAUCAAACCCCCAUGAGCUUAACUUGGAAUAAUGAGAUAAAGCAGCUUUUGCAUAAUUCAGAAGGAAGAAACGUUACUGCUUGGGCAAUGCCUGUAACGUUAACAGUUAUUAUAAUUAUCUCACUUGCUGUUUUUAUGAUACUUGGUACCGUUGCAUACAAAGCAUUUGAACCUAGCACUGAAGUAGAUGAAGUAAGUAUAAAUGAUAAAGUUAGCAAGAUUAUAGUGUAA